AUGGGAACAGGAACUAGUAAGAAUGAAGAAAUUACAACGUUUAACAAUCAACCAUCAGAGAUCCAGCCCAUACAACCUACCAUUACAACAAACCAGGAACAAACAAUAAAUAUAACAGAACAGGAUACAACCCUGACAUCAGAUACAAGUAGUGAAGAUAACAACACAACAAUAAUAAAAGAAGCAACAAUGGAGUUUGACAUAGAUAAGACAAUUAAGAUAAUACCUCUAUUUAACGAAGCUAAACCUGAAAAUUUCGUUGAAUUCGAGAAAAUAUUUAACAAAGUUUUUUCAAACAGAAAAAACCAAACUACAAUACACACUGAAUUAUCAACAACAAUACAAGCCAACAGACCACUCAACAAAUAUAUAGAAAGAAUAGAAAAAAUGAUAGCUGAAUUAAAUAUGGUACAACUACUCGAACUAGGUGAAGAACACAGAGCAACCAUAGUAAAACUCAAUGAUCAACUUGCUCUAGGGACUUUCAAAACAGGAUUAUCAGAACCCCUACACUCACUAAUAUUCGCAGCACAACCCAAAACAUUCAAUGAAGCUGUCAAAAUUGCCACUGAAGCAAGCACAAACAACAAAACAACAACAAAUAACAUCCUAUACUACAAAAACAACUAUUAUAACAAAAAUAAUAAAAACAACAACAAAUACAAAAACGGUCUUAGGUAUAUAAAUAUUAUGGACAACCGGGAAAUUAAUCUUUGGGUGAAUGAAAAUAUAACAACAGCCAAUACCAGACGUGGUAGAAAGGAACUGCAAGCUAAUAAUGUUGAAGGUGCCUUAUUAGAAGAUGCUAUUGAAGUUCUGUAUGAAGGAAAUUAUGCGGAUUUUAACCCCAGAUCAUAUUACAAUAAAGCUAACAAUAAUACUAAUAACAAUAAUAGUAAACAUAAUACUAAUCCUAUAAAUAAGGGAAAGCAACAUGAAACAAACUUUCCAACCUAUAGUUGUGUUAGUUUAACUCAAAUAACUAAUGAAGCAUGGCUAGAAUUACGUGUCGAUGAACAACAAAUCGAUAAAAAGAUGUUAAUCGGAGGCUUACGACGCCCUUAUUCGUUAAGUGGCAUAGUCCCGGUAGGAGAAAAAAAAUAA